AUGUUGCUUCGAUUGAAUAAGCAAAUCCUCUUUGCGCUGCUGGGUGGUCUUUCUCUUAUACUCCUAGUCCAUGCCCAGGAUGAAGAUCAAUCAGGCUUCAUCAGCAUAGAUUGCGGCCGAACAGAAAAUUCCAGCUACACUGAACAGACAACAGGAAUCAACUACAUUUCUGACACAGGCUUCGUAGACACAGGGGAAAGUAAGCUCGUUCUGCGUUAUGUAAAAGAUUUUUACCAACAGCGAUACUGGGGUGUUAGGAGCUUUCCUGAAGGAAUUAGGAACUGCUACAAGAUCAAUGUUACAACUGGGGACAAAUAUUUGAUCAGAGUAAGCUUCGUGUAUGGGAACUAUGAUGGCAAAGGUAAGUUACCAACAUUCCUCCUUUAUCUGGGAACAAACUUGUGGGAUUCAGUGAAGGUGCGGAACGAAUCCUAUGUCAUAAACAAGGAGCUCAUCCAUGUCGCUCCCCAAAAUUAUAUUCAUGUUUGUCUGGUGAAUAAUGGCUCCGGAGUUCCGUUUAUAUCAGCAAUAGAAUUAAGGCCGUUGACCGUUACAUCUUAUCCAACACAAACUGGGUCCUUGGCACUCAACUGGAGGCUUGACAUUGGACAAACAGGACCUGAUCUAAAAUCUUAUAGGUAUCCGAAGGACAUUCACGAUCGCUUUUGGGAUCCCUAUGAGGAUGUUGACAAUGUGUGGUUUACACUGAAUACUUCAUCCACCGUCGACUUUGACGGCCACAAUCUCUACGAACCAGCAUCGGUUGUCAUGAGCACAGCGGCCACAGCAAAAAAUGCAACUGAUCCCUUGAUGUUACGGUGGGAUCCUCCUGUUGAUGCAAAUGAUACAAAAUAUUACGUUUACAUGCACUUUGCAGAAAUUGAAGUCCAAGCCAACGAGUCUAGAUGGCAGUACAUUACUAACAACGGAAAGCCCUAUAUGGAGUCAUUCGCCGCUAGUUACUUGUACACGACGACUAUUUACAGCACCAAACCUCAAAGAGGAAGUCAGAACUUCUCAAUCAUCAAGGCUGAGAACUCUACCCUUCCACCCAGUAUCAAUGGACUUGAGAUUUACACACUCAAAGAAUUCCUAGAACUAGAAACAAACCAAGACGAUGUUGAAGCAAUCAUAAACAUCAAGUCAGCUUAUGAAAUUACAAAGAAUUGGCAAGGAGAUCCAUGUCUCCCACUAAACUACUCGUGGGAAGGCAUAAAAUGUAACUAUCUCCAAAGUGACUCCCCAAGAAUCAUUUCCUUGGACUUAUCUUCGAGUGGAUUAACAGGAGAGAUUUCUCCUUCAAUAUCAAAUCUCGCAAUGAUAAAAACAUUGGAUUUAUCAAACAACAACUUGACAGGACCAAUUCCAGACUUUUUGUCUCAAUUGCGCGAUUUAAAUAUCCUGAACCUGGAGAAUAACAAGUUCACAGGCUCACUUCCCCUAGGACUCACUGAAAAAAUAAACAAUGACCUUUUAACAAUAAGUUUGUGUGACAACCCAAAUCUAGCCGGAAGUGAACCUUGCAAGACGAAGAAGAACAAAAACAAAAUCAUUAUUCCAAUAAUUGGAGCCAUUGCCGGAAUUUCAGCCCUCAUAUUAGCUGGAGCAGUUUUCUUGUGUUUCUGUAAAAGGAAAAGGAAAAAUGUUGCAAUGAAUCCAAAACCCAACCCUGGAUCAGUGGAACUCGAGCAAAAAAACCGAAAGUUUACAUACUCAGAGAUCCUCAAAAUCACAAACAACCGACAAAGGGUUCUUGGCAAGGGUGGAUUCGGAACUGUUUAUCAUGGCUAUAUUGAUGACAAAACUCAAGUAGCUGUCAAGCUGCUUUCACAAACAUCAAGUCAAGGACUUCAACAAUUUCAUGCAGAGGUUCAUCUUCUUAUGCGAGUUCAUCAUACAAACUUGACUAGCCUCGUUGGAUAUUGUGAUGACGAACUCAACAAAGGGCUUGUGUAUGAGUACAUGGCCAACGGAAACUUACAAGCAUAUCUCUCAGAUAAAACUUCAGAUGUCUUGACUUGGGAAGGAAGACUUCAAAUAGCAACAGAAGCUGCACAAGGAUUGGAGUAUCUACACUACGGUUGUAAACCACCUAUGAUUCAUAGAGAUGUGAAAUCAACAAACAUCUUACUCAGUGAAAAGUUCCAAGCCAAACUCUCUGAUUUUGGCCUAUCAAGAAACUUCGCUCCAGGCGAUCGCGAUGGGACUCAUAUAGUUACUGGUGUUGCUGGUACUCCUGGCUACCUUGCCCCUGAGUACCAUCAAUCAAACAGGCUGAAUGAGAAGAGUGAUGUUUAUAGCUUUGGGAUUGUGCUGCUUGAGAUUAUCACUGGGCGACCUGUUUACACAAGAACAAAUGGUGAGAGAACUCACAUUACUAGAUGGGUUGAACUCAUGCUUCCUCGAGGAGACAUUUACAGCAUCAUCGAUCCAAUGUUGGAGAGAAACUUCAAUGUCAACUCGGCCUGGAAAGCUGUUGAAACAGCAAUGGCAUGUGUAUCUGCAGAGCCCAGUAAGAGGCCAGUCAUGAGCACCGUUGUGAUGGAACUAAAAGAGUGUUUGGCAUCACAGCUUGAUCUGACAAACUUCAACAGCGAGGAAACUGCACUAGGAAGUAGUUCCAUAUAUGUGUCUCAAAAUAACUCCAUCAUGAUGAUGCGUCCUUCAGUCAGGUAG